AUGAUUGUGGAUUCGGAGGAUCAAUUUAUAUCUAAACAUACAAACUCAAAUAAGAAAAUUGAUAUAGAAGUUAUUGAAAUCGAUGAUGAAGAAACAAUUCAAUCAAAUUUGCAAAAUUUGAAGAUCAAAGACAAUGAAAUUAAUGAAAAUUCAAAAAAAUCUACUAAAGCUAUUGCAGAAUUUGAUGCGGGAAAUUUAAAGAGAUUGAAAGGGAAAUCCAAAAUCUCUUAG